GGCCAUGCCUCUGAAGGUGCUGCAUUCACAAAAGCUGGUGAAUGUGCUGUUCUGUGUCUAGCAUGCCCACACCCAGGCAAGAAUCUACUGGAAGACUGGUGUGACACACUCUCAGAUAAACAGUGGCUAUAUCAAUUGUUCAUUGUGAUCAACGUGAACUUUCAUUUGAAGCAUAAGAAGGUUUUGACAGAUGUCUGCCUCAACAAAGGUUACACAUAUUUUGUUGAUGAGAAGGAUUACAAAAUGCACCUUGCCAAGUUUGACACACUCAUCCAUGAGGAUCAGAGCACCUGCAAUAACCAUAACACUGUGAAGUCAGAAAAUCUGAAGAAGUCUACAGGAACUGCAGCCAGCAGUGUCAUUACUCAUGACAUGAAAUGGCCAUGUUCUGUUGGUGACCUUCAAAAAGGUGAAAGAUACAUCAACAUCAACUACCUGUUCUGGUCUAGUCUGGCCAAACAUACCACAGCUGACAUUGUUGUAUCUUAUGAUAUUGCAUGUCAGUGGUCCACAAAUAUCUGGGCUCAAUUUGUGCGGUAUAACUUCAUCUUUGAUCCCACAAAAUGUGUUUUUGUCUUUCUGAUGCCCAAGUUCCACUUGCCUGCACAUCAGCAGGCAUGUCAAGUUGGCUAUUUGUUCAAUUAUACAAAGCAGGUUGGCAGAACUGAUGGAAAGGCCAUUGAGCACAGCUGGUCAGCUACAAAUCUGUUCACUUCCAGCACCAAAGAGAUGGGCCUGGGAUCUUGA